UGCCACUCACACUCCAAACUCGUGCCGUCGGAAAUCUACUACUUAUUACCCAUCGCCUGCCCGGUCCCCCACCCUCUCUCUCUCCUACAUCAAUCAAACUACCUACGCCUCCAUCAACCACCUCCCCCUUCUUCAUCCAAUUGCUGCUGUUGUUGUUGCGCGCAAGCCGCUGCAACUACCCCGCCAUCACCCCUCCAUCCCGCCAAAUCCACUCUGUCCACCAUGGCUGAAGCUGUUGGUGACUUCGGCCUCAUCGGCCUGGCUGUCAUGGGUCAGAACUUGAUCCUCAAUGCGGCUGAUCACGGUUUCACGGUUGUAGCUUUCAACCGAACGGUAUCCAAGGUCGACCGUUUCCUCAACGAUGAGGCCAAGGGCAAGAGCAUCGUCGGCGCAAACUCCAUCAAGGAUUUCGUUUCAAAGCUCAAGAAGCCCCGCCGUAUGAUGUUGCUCGUCAUGGCCGGUAAGCCCGUCGACGACUUCAUUGAGAUGCUCUUGAACGAGGGCGGCAUUGAAGAGGGUGACAUCGUCAUCGACGGCGGCAACUCCCACUACCCCGACACGAACCGCCGAACAAAGUACCUUGCCCAGAAGGGUAUCCGCUUCGUCGGUAGCGGUGUUUCUGGAGGAGAGGAAGGUGCCCGAUACGGUCCCAGCAUCAUGCCUGGUGGUAACGAGGAGGCAUGGCCUUACAUCAAGGACGUCCUCCAGUCCAUCUCCGCCAAAUCCGAUGGCGAGGCCUGCUGCCAAUGGGUCGGUGACGAGGGUGCCGGUCACUAUGUCAAGAUGGUGCACAACGGUAUUGAGUACGGUGACAUGCAGUUGAUCUGCGAGGCGUACGAUAUCAUGAAGCGCGGUUUGGGAAUGAAGAACAAGGAAAUCGGUGACGUCUUCACUGAGUGGAACAAGGGUGUCCUCGACUCCUUCCUGAUCGAAAUCACCCGCGACAUCAUGUACAAGAAUGACGACAAGGACGGAACCCCAAUUGUCGAGAAGAUCCUCGACUCUGCUGGCCAGAAGGGUACUGGAAAGUGGACCGCCAUCAAUGCUUUGGACCUUGGUAUGCCCGUGACUUUGAUUGGAGAGGCUGUCUUUGCCCGAUGCCUGUCUUCCCUCAAGGCUGAGCGUGGCCGUGCAUCCCAACUUCUCGAUGGCCCCAGCCCCAGCUUCAGCGGCGACAAGAAACAAUUCAUUGCAAACCUCGAGCAGGCCCUUUACGCAUCCAAGAUCAUCUCGUAUGCCCAAGGUUUCAUGUUGAUCCAGAACGCCGCCAAGGAGUACAACUGGAAGUUGAACAAGCCCGAGAUCGCCCUCAUGUGGCGUGGUGGCUGCAUCAUCCGCUCCGUCUUCUUGAAGGACAUCACCAAGGCCUACCGCGCCAACCCCCAACUCGAGAACUUGCUGUUCGACGACUUCUUCAACAAGGCCAUUCACAACGCCCAGGCCGGAUGGAGAGACGUUGUCUCCAAGGGUGCUCUCUGGGGUAUCCCCACUCCCGCUUUCAGCACCGCUCUCAGCUUCUACGACGGUUACCGCACCAAGGACCUUCCCGCCAACUUGCUCCAGGCUCAGCGUGAUUACUUCGGUGCCCACACCUUCCGCGUCAAGCCCGAAUUUGCCAGCGAGGAAUACCCCGAGGGCAAGGACAUCCACGUAAACUGGACCGGUAGGGGAGGAAACGUCUCUGCUUCAACAUACAACGCAUAA